AUGAUUUUCACUCUGCCUUGGCUUGGAGAUGCCUGGGGAGCAGCACCAGCCAUGACGAAUCCUCGGGAGAAUUCCAUCAGAGAACUCGGUUCCCAUCUCCUUCAGACGCUUGAUGGGUUUAUAUUUGUUGUGGCGCCGGAUGGGAAGAUCAUGUACAUUUCGGAGACUGCAUCCGUUCAUCUCGGUCUUUCUCAGGUGGAAUUGACGGGGAAUAGCAUCUACGAAUACAUCCACCCAGCAGACCACGACGAGAUGACAGCCGUGCUGACAGCCCAUCAAACCCUUACUCCUCCCCCCAGUGCACUCCAAGAUUUCGAAGUGGAGCGGUCCUUUUUCAUCCGGAUGAAGUGCGUUUUGGCCAAGAGGAAUGCAGGGCUCACGACGGGAGGAUACAAGGUGAUCCAUUGUUCGGGGUACCUGAAAGUGAAGCAAUACACGUUGGAUGUGUCACCUUACGAUGGGUGCUACCAGAAUGUAGGUUUGGUGGCAGUGGGUCACAGUCUUCCACCGUCUGCAAUCACCGAAAUCAAGAUGCACUCCAAUAUGUUUAUGUUCCGAGCAAGCUUGGACCUCAAGCUCAUCUUUCUUGAUGCCAGGGUUGCGCAACUGACGGGUUUUGAGCCGCAAGAUCUGAUCGAGAAAACACUCUACCACUACAUCCAUGGCUCUGACAUCAUGCACAUGCACUAUGCGCAUCGAACUCGUGAGUUUCCCUCCUGUUAACUCUAUAUGAAC